UCUGCUCCGGACCUGAAAAACGUGCGGUCCAAAAUCGGAUCCACAGAUAACAUCAAACAUCAGCCUGGGGGAGGGAAGGGGAAAAUAGAGAAAAAGCCAGAAUCAGCUGCUGCUGCCCGAAAGUCUGAACCCAAUGCAGUCUCUAAAAUGGCUACUACUAAAACAACUGUAUCAAAAGAGAGUGCCCCAAAACAGCCCAAUGGGAAAGUCCAGAUAGUCUCCAAAAAAGCGAACUACAGCCAUGUUCAAUCCAAGUGUGGUUCCAAGGACAAUAUUAAGCAUGUCCCUGGAGGUGGGAAUGUGCAGAUCCAGAACAAGAAAGUUGACCUUUCCAAAGUGUCCUCCAAGUGUGGCUCGAAAGCAAAUAUCAAGCAUAAGCCAGGGGGAGGAGAUGUCAAAAUUGAGAACCAGAAGCUGAACUUCAAGGAGAAGGCCCAAGCCAAAGUGGGUUCUCUGGACAACGUGGGACAUUUGCCAGCAGGAGGAACAGUGAAGGCUGAGGGGAGCGUGGAGCCCGGGCAGCUCCCGGCCCCUCAGAACGGAGAGGGUCAGCCGCGGGAGAACGGCCUCGGGCCGGCAGCGCCCGCUGCCCCCAGCGGGGGUGAGCAAAGGGAAAUGCAGAGCUUCGAGACUCAGAUACAAGAAACAAAUUGAAUCUCACAAGCUGACGUUCCGUGAGAAGGCCAAGGCUCGGACAGACCACGGAGCAGAAAUCGUCGUCUCCAAACCCCCCAACCUUUCCAGCAGCACUUCCCCCUGGCGUGGCACCUCCGUCAGCGAGAGCUGGCCUCAGCCUCCUCCUCCUCACCGCUGCAGCACCCACCUCCCCUCGCAGCCCUUUCUCAGCAAGGCUUCUGACCCCUCCCAGCCCCAGCUCCCCUGCUCCCCCAGGACGCAGCUUGGCUCUCUUAACCCUGCAGCUGGCGUGGGAUGGGGACAGGGACAGCGUUCUGCAGGGCUCCCCUCCGGUUCCACCUCCUCCCAUUCCACCUCCUCCCAGCAUCCCAGGGGUUUGCCCCUACCCGGGCUCCGGUGGUCCCUUUUUUUUGGCUGGAAAGGGACUUCCUCCCCUCUCCAUGCCUCGUCCCUUUUGUUUUUAAGGGGGUACAGGAGGGAGUGUUGGUGUUGGGCAUCAAGUGGUGUCCAGGCUGUGUCUUGCUGUCCCUAGGGCUGGGGAGGUGCAGGGGAGCCUGGGUGGUGGGGUGGCCCAGCUGCUGGUGGCAGAAGCCAGGCCAGUGUUAACAGGGAUAAGCUGUGAUCUUUCUUGCUGUCUUUUUUUUCGGUUGGUUUUAUUUGUUUUUUUAAGAAAAAAAAAAGCCCCCACUUUUCCCUCCUUGCGGCUUGAGUUUCUGCUGCUCCUGUUGAUGAUGAUAUAUAAUUAUCACACACACACGUUUAGGCUGUUUUUAACUGUGACUUUAACCUUUUAUUCUUUGUGAGCGA